AAACUCACUUCCUCUCCUCAUCACAAAAACCUCACCUACAUUCUCUCCUUCUUGAACGACUUGGACAAGCCAGACCUCUGCCUCAGCCUCUACAACUCCAUCAUCCAAGGCCUCCCUUCAAACCCCACAAACAAAACCACCUCCCUUCUUCAUGUGCUUGAACUACUUCGGCACAUGCUCCUCAAUGACAUCCUUCCUGACCACUACACUGUCCCCUCUGUUCUCAAAGCGUUCGCGCAAUGCCGUGCGCUGAGAGAAGGCCAGCAAAUCCACGCCUACGCAAUCAAAUCCGGGCUUGUUUUGUCCAAUGUGUAUGUCAACAACACAAUCAUGAGACUCUAUGCGGUUUGUGGGUUUAUAAAUUAUGCGCGGAAGGUGUUCGACGAAAGUCCCCAGAGGGACUUGGUGUCUUGGACUACGCUCAUUCAGGGCUAUGUUAAAAUGGGUUAUGCUAGGGAAGGCGUGGAGGCCUUCUUUGAUAUGUGUGAUGCCAAGAUGAGGCCGGAUGAGAUGACAUUGGUCAUUGUGCUCUCGGCUUGCUCUAAGUUGGGGGACUUGAGCUUGGGGAGGAAGAUAAGUAGGUACAUUGAUGAUAAUGGGGUUAACCCGGAUGUGUUUAUAGGCAAUGCGUUGGUUAAUAUGUACUUGGAGUGUGGCGAUGAUGAGCUUGCACGUGGGGUGUUUGAUGGGAUGCCGGUGAGAAAUGUGGUUUCUUGGAAUUCGAUGAUAUCGGGGUUGGCGCAUCAAGGGAAGUAUAAGGAAGCGUUGGACGUGUUCCAGGAGAUGCAGAGAACUGGUCUUGAACCGGAUGAUGUUACUUUAGUUGGUGUUUUGAAUUCGUGUGCGAAUCUUGGAGUGCUCGAGUUGGGGAAGUGGGUGCAUGCUUAUGUUGAUAGGAAUCAGAUUGAGGCUGACGGGUAUAUAGGGAAUGCACUUGUGGAUAUGUAUGCCAAGUGUGGAAGCAUAGACCGGGCUUUUAGGGUGUUUCAAGGUAUGAAACGGAGAGAUGUAUAUUCGUAUACUGCGAUGAUUGUUGGAUUAGCUAUGCAUGGGGAGGUGGACAUGGCAUUGGAUAUAUUUACUGAGAUGAUUAAAAUGGGCAUUCAACCUGAUGAGGUUACAUUUGUUGGUGUCCUUGCAGCAUGUAGUCAUGGAGGACUUGUGGCAGAGGGUCAGAAGUAUUUUAGGGAUAUGUCAACUGUGUACAAGCUUAGACCUCAGACAGAGCAUUACGGAUGCAUGGUUGACCUUUUAGGUCGUGCCGGGUUAAUAGGUGAGGCAGUGGAGUUUGUUAACAACAUGCCAAUUGAGCCUGAUGCCUUUGUCUGGGGCGCUCUACUGGGAGCUUGCAGGAUACAUGGGAAAGUAGAGCUUGCAGAAGCUGUGAUGGAAAAAUUAUUGAAGGUAGAGCCAGAGAGAGAUGGUGCAUACGUACUCAUGUCUAACAUAUAUUCAUCAGCAAAUAAAUGGAGGGAUGCAGUGCAGUUGAGAAGGACAAUGAAAGAAAAGAAGAUGAAGAAAACUCCUGGUUGUAGUUCAAUUGAAGUUGAAGGUGUUGUUCAUGAGUUCAGAAAGGGAGACAAAUCACAUAAAAGAAGUAAACAAAUAUACAAAUUGCUAGACGAGAUCAUGAGUCACAUAAAUGAUUACGGGGUUUUGGCUCACAGAAGUACUUUAUUAUGAUAGUUUGAGGCACAUCAACAGACGGAUUGUAGGUAGAUUGUAGCUGGAAUGAUCUGGUGUAUUGAUCACUGAAGUCCACUGGGAUUUGAGGAUUUAUUGAAGCUUCUCAGUGGUAAGCAAAACACUGUACUAAUUAUUCAUUUUUGUGAACCUAUUGAGUAAUUUCAAUGUAUAAAUUUUACCUUAUAAUGUACAAACUAUAUGGCAGUAGCUUUUCUCAUGUAGUUCUAAAAAUAAAACUCCUACGUAAGAUUGUUAUUCU